CGCACAAAUUUUCCCUUCAUCAAAUUAUCCUAUUCUAUUCUGUCUCCAACAAAGUUGAAAAAGGAAAAUUUGUGCGUCUGGCCCAUCAUUUUCCCGGCAAUAUAUAUAAUAAAAAAUUUAAGAUGGACAACUAUCAAAAUAUCCAACAAAAAGUCUGUCUUGUAGUUAUUGACGGAUGGGGCCUUUCCGAUGAAAAACAUGGGAAUGCAAUUGCUGAAGCUAGAACGCCUAUUAUGGACAAACUUUGUUCUGGAAAUUGGCAAAAAUUGGAAGCACACGGUCUUCAUGUUGGAUUGCCAGAAGGCUUAAUGGGAAAUUCUGAAGUUGGACAUUUGAAUAUUGGAGCUGGAAGAGUUAUUUAUCAGGAUAUUGUCCGAAUUAAUUUGGCUGUUCAACGAAACGAGUUUGUUACAAAUCCUCAGAUUGUUGCAUCAGCUGAGCGUGCAAAGAAGGGGAGUGGUCGAUUGCAUUUGUUAGGACUGGUUAGCGAUGGGGGCGUGCACUCUCAUAUUGAUCAUCUUUUUGCGUUGAUACGUGCAUUUAAAUACUUACAAGUGCCAAAGGUUUUCAUUCACUUUUUUGCUGAUGGUCGAGAUACGUCGCCAACAAGUGGAGCUGGUUAUCUUGAACAACUUCUUCAAUUUAUCUCUGCGGAAAAGUAUGGAGAAUUGGCUACUAUUACUGGGCGUUAUUAUGCAAUGGAUAGGGACAAAAGAUGGGAGCGUAUUAAGAUGGCUUAUGAGGCAAUUAUUGGUGGUAUUGGGCAAAGAGCCACUGUGGAUAGAGCUGUCGAUGUUGUUAGAGAGCGAUAUGCGCAAUCCGAGACUGACGAAUUUCUUAAACCAAUUGUUUUUUCUGACGACGGGCGAGUGAAAGACGACGAUACUCUCAUUUUCUUCAAUUAUCGUGCUGAUCGUAUGCGUCAAAUUUGUGAAUGUUUGGGUCUCGAACGUUAUAAGGAUCUUAAUAGUUCGAUUCUUCAUCCUAAAAAUAUUCAAAUUAGUGGGAUGACUCAAUACAAUAAAGAAUUUCCAUUUCCAUCACUUUUCCCUCCUGUGACUCAUACUAAUGUGCUUGCUGAAUGGCUUGCUUCUCAAGGAGUUACUCAAUUUCAUUGUGCGGAGACUGAAAAGUAUCCUCAUGUUACCUUCUUCUUCAAUGGUGGGCGAGAAGUUCAAUUUCAAGAUGAAGAGCGUUGUAUGGUUCCAUCACCAAAAGAAGUUGCUACAUAUGACUUAAAACCAGAAAUGAAUGCUGCUGGAGUUGCUGAAAAAAUGGUCGAGCAAAUUGAGUCAGGCAGGCAUCCGUUUGUUAUGUGCAAUUUUGCGCCUCCUGACAUGGUUGGACAUACUGGCAAAUUUGAACCUGCCGUCAGAGCAUGUCAAGCUACGGAUGAGGCAAUUGGAAGGAUUUACGAAUCAUGUCAAGCAUACAAUUACGUCCUUAUGGUUACUUCUGAUCAUGGAAAUGCUGAGAAGAUGAUUGCUGCCGAUGGUAGUGAACAUACUGCACAUACCUGCAAUUUGGUCCCAUUUACUUGCUCUUCCAAAAAAUUUGUUUUUAAAUCGACUCCACCUACUGGUGAUGAUGGCAAAGAACGUGCACGAGCCUUACGUGAUGUUGCACCAACUGUUCUGCAAUUAAUGGGCUUACCUGUGCCGCCCGAGAUGGAUGGAGUUCCGUUACUUGAACAGAGAGGAUAA